GAUCGUCGCUGUAACUUUGCAUAGGAUCACGCUGGAAGUGCCUGUCACUGAGGAAGCGCUGGCACGUACGAACUCGCGCAAGUCCAACCGCUCGGACAGGACAUCUCGAUCCGGUCGCUCCGAUGUACCGUCCUCUCGUUCGCAUCGGGGCCAGGAAUCGUCAGAUAAAGGCGACACUUCUCCAGCGCAGCCCCCUUCCAAGCCACUCUCCUCGUAUGAACCCUUCGCCACGCCAAUCGUCCACGUUACUGAGGCCUUUUCAGUUUCGGAAAGACCAACUCAUCUGUCGCCUCCCUGCCCCUCCUUAAUAUGAUGCCCAACGUACCUCUGAGCCAUCAACCCAAAUUGAGGAUUGUGAAUCCCGACAGCUCGUCUAAGCACUCCGGGUCUGCGCACUCUCACUCAUCUGGGCGCGGUAAGGAUGGCCAUCGUCGACGGUAUAACAGUGAGAGCCCCGCACCAUUAUCGCACAGCGCGGCGCGCAACGAGGGCGCGACUUUGCGGCGCACCUCAAGCGAUAAACCCGAGAAUGGCAGCGAAGAGUUACUCAUCGUGUUGGUCGACGAAAAUACUGCGACAUGGCAUGGUCUGGACCGGCGUGCGUCCACGCGGAGCCCUCAGACCAGGAAUGCGGUCCGAGAGUCCCCGUGGAAUGGGCCAUUAGCUCGUAGCUCAACGCUGCCUUACGGAUCUAGUCGUCGGCGAUACGAAGUCCCGCUCGAGCAGCCGGGCGACGACAGUACCGAUGAAGGAGAGUCUUCCGACGACGACUAUCCACCGGUCGUUCCUAUGCCCCAACUCCUCGAGCUCACAGGUCGGAUACCGCCGUCAUAUCCGGCGUCAUAUGCGUCACCGCCGGUUGUACCUCUCAAUGUCUCCCAUUCGCGCGGCUCGACGCCUGCCCCAGUCAUCCCGAACUAUAGCCCUUACAGCACAGGGAGCUCGCUGUCGGCCGGGUCGCCCUUCAUUUCGACUUACAACACUCCUCAAACUCCCCUACGGCCGCUUUCAUCCACGUAUCCUUAUGCACAUCCAUACGGUGGCAUUCCUCUCUAGAGGCUUUGCCCUUGUCACAUACAUCUGCUAAUAACGGACAGACGCACUAGCCCAUUCUCGCCAACUGUUUAUUCGUCAUGAUCAUCGGGGGGUGUAUGUAUUGUAAACUAUGCAAGGUGUAAUGCUAUAUCGACCUAAUGUUGUUCCCUCAGAGCUUCGACCUCAAUAGUGAUUGUACUCUGGUCUGGCAUUCUGUCUCGACUGCGCACCGCUGUUAGAGAGAUAACGAUCGCCAUGUAGGCGCCGGCUACGUUUAUAGUUCCUCCCUCCCUCUUAUCCGAAGGCGCACUGGCCACGGGCGAGCCGU